AUGACAGAGACUACUUCUCGAGAGGGAGAAAGAGGAUCGACUGGUCACCAGGACAAUGAUAAACAACCAGCAGAAGUGACACCUGCCAUUCUCGGAGAUGACCAUCCUGCCGAGAAUGCUCGUAGGAAAAAGACAGGCCUCUGGGCUUCAAUCGCCCCCUACAUCUGGGACGACCCCGACAAAUCGCCCGCGGAGAAACGGUUCCUCUUCAAGCUGGAUCUGUUCCUGCUCAGCUACGCCUGUCUGGGCUACUUCAGCAAGAACCUGUCCCAGGCCAACAUCAACAACGCCUACGUGUCCGGCAUGAAGGAGGCCCUGGCCAUGGACGGCAGCCAGCUGACCUACAUGGCCAACGUCUUCACGGCCGGCUACGUCGUCGGCCAGAUCCCCGCCGUCAUCCUGGUAACCCGGCUGCGGCCGUCGCUGCUGGUGCCCACGGCCGAGGUGCUGUGGGCCGUGUGCACCUUUUGCAGCGCGGCCGUCACGACCGUCCAGCAGCUGUACGCGCUGCGCUUCCUGGUCGGCCUCUUCGAGUCAGCCUACUUCCCCUGCGUGAUCUACAUCCUGGGCUCGUGGUACACGCGCCGCGAGCGCGCCAAACGGGUCACCAUCUUCUACUGCACCGCGACCCUGGCCCAGAUGUUCAGCGGCUACCUGCAGGCGGGCGCGUACGACAACCUCGGCGGGCAUCUCGGCCACGCUGGCUGGCAGUGGCUGUUUAUCGUGUCUGGUGUUAUCGCCCUGCCCGCCGGCCUGAUCGGGUAUGCCUUCAACCCGGAUUUUCCGGAGAACACGCGCGCGUUCUACCUCAGUGCGGACGAGGCCGCGCUGGCGCGGGAGCGCCUGGCUGCGGACGGCAUGAGGCCGCUGGGACAGUCGGUCUGGGACCGGACCAAGAUCGUCCGCGUCGUGCGGCAGUGGCAGUUCUGGGUCCUGCCGCUGGGCUACUUCUUCGUUCAGGCCAGCUUCCCCGUGCAGCAGCCGGCAUUUGCGCUCUGGCUCAAGGCGGAGGGGUAUUCGGUCUAUCAGAUCAACGUGUGGCCGACGGGACAGGCGGCCAUCGCGGUGGUCGUGCAGGUCGCCGCGGGCAUGCUGACGGAUUCGCCUCUGCUGAAGGGACGCCGCUGGCAGGCCAUCGUCGCGAUGCAGGCGGGGACGUUCUUCGGCGCCGUUGUGCUGGCCGUGUGGGAGGUGCCGACGGCGCUGAAAUUCGUCGCGUUCUACUUCACGUACUGUGCGUCGGGCGUGCCGGGCAUCUACUUUGCCUGGUUCUCGGAGCUGAUGCGGCACGACCACGAGAUGCGCGGGUUCGUCAUCGCCACGGCCAACAUCUUCUCGUACAUCAUGAGCACCUGGUUCUCGGACGCGGUAUGGCGGACGGUGGAGGCGCCGCGCUUCCGGGCGGGGUUUAUUGCGGCGGCGUGCUUUGGGGUGGCCAUGAUGCUGUGGGCGGUUGUCAUCCGGGUGUUGGAGAGAAGGGGUCGAGCAGAGGCUGAUAUCGAGGGUAGAUCUGAAGCUGGUUCUGCUGGGAGGGUGGAGAAGACAGAAAUACAAUCAACACUGCGCCAAUCCUUGGUUACAGAACCCCAGACUAACCCUUUUUUUUUAAAGGAAGUACUCUGCAAACCUAAACGUCUAGGUGUUGCUUCUUGUAUCUAG